AUCAUUCAUUUCUAAAUUCUAACAGAGCUCACGAUUCUAGGGUUUAAUCGUUCAUAAUCUUCAACGAUUUCGUUUAUCAGAUCAUAUGGCCACCAUGGAAAGUUUAAUCGGUUUAGUCAAUCGAAUUCAAAGAGCUUGUACUGCUCUCGGUGAUCAUGGCGGUGGAGACUCAACUCUUUCAUCUCUUUGGGACGCUCUUCCUUCCGUCGCCGUCGUCGGUGGCCAGAGUUCUGGAAAAUCAUCUGUGUUGGAGAGUAUAGUCGGGAGGGAUUUUCUUCCUAGAGGAUCUGGUAUUGUGACAAGGAGACCUUUAGUAUUGCAGCUUUAUCAGAUUGAAAGUGGACAGGAUUAUGCUGAGUUUUCUCACUUGCCUCGCAGGAAAUUCACAGAUUUCUCUCUUGUUCGCAAGGAAAUUGAGAAUGAAACCGAUAGGGUUACAGGGAAGACGAAGCAGAUUUCGCCUGUUCCGAUUCAUCUUAGUAUUUAUUCUCGAAAUGUUGUCAACUUAACCUUGAUUGAUUUGCCUGGUUUGACCAAAGUUGCGGUUGAGGGACAGCCUGAAAGUAUUGUUCAGGAUAUUGAGAGCAUGGUUAAUACAUAUGUUGAGAAGCCUAACUCUAUUAUACUGGCCAUAUCUCCAGCCAAUCAAGAUAUUGCAACAUCUGAUGCUAUCAAGCUUGCAAGGGAAGUAGAUCCAACAGGUGAACGAACAUUUGGAGUUUUGACAAAGUUGGAUCUGAUGGAUAAGGGAACAAAUGCAUUGGAUGUCCUUGAAGGAAGAUCAUACCGCUUGCAGCAUCCUUGGGUUGGAGUUGUUAAUCGUUCACAAGCUGAUAUCAACAAAAAUGUAGAUAUGGUUUCUGCUAGAGAGAAGGAACGUGAAUACUUUGCCACAAGUCCUGACUAUUCACAUUUGACCAGUAAAAUGGGUUCAGAAUAUCUCGCAAAGCUUCUCUCAAUGCACUUGGAGUCCGUAAUCAGGGCUAGAUUACCUAGUAUCACAUCAUUGAUUAACAAAAAUAUUGAUGAACUUGAAUCUGAGAUGGACCAUCUUGGUAGGCCUAUUGCUGUUGAUGCAGGGGCCCGAUUGUACACCAUUUUGGAGCUUUGUCGUGCAUUUGACAAAAUAUUCAAGGAACAUUUGGAUGGAGGGCGACCAGGAGGUGAUCGAAUUUAUGGUGUAUUUGACCACCAGCUCCCUGCUGCUUUAAGGAAGCUUCCAUUUGAUCGACAUCUAUCUCUUCAGAAUGUCAAGAAAAUUGUUACACAAUCCGAUGGUUAUCAACCACACUUGAUUGCUCCUGAACAAGGGUAUCGUCGCCUUAUUGAGGGUUCAUUGAAUUUUUUUAGGGGGCCAGCAGAAGCAUCUGUGGAUGCUGUCCAUAUUGUCUUGAGAGAACUUGUGAGGAAGUCGAUAGGAGAAACUCAGGAAUUGAAGAGAUUUCCUACAUUACAAGCUGAGAUUGCUACUGCCUGUAACGAAGCCUUGGAAAAGUUUCGAGAAGAAAGUAAGAAGACAGUUACUAGAUUGGUGGAGAUGGAAUCUUCAUAUCUCACAGUCGAUUUCUUUAGAAAACUUCCUCAAGAAAUAGAAAAGGCGGUUGGGAAUAAUCCUGCCAAUUCUGCUGCUGGUCCACCGGGAAAUAAUCCAGCUAAUAAUCCUAAUAUUGAUCGUUACGGAGAAAGCCACUUCAGGAGAAUAGGAUCAAAUGUGUCUUCUUAUGUUAAUAUGGUUUCUGAUAUACUCAAGAACACAAUACCCAAAGCAGUGGUUUAUUGUCAAGUUAGAGAAGCUAAAAGAUCAUUGCUUAAUCAUUUUUACACUCAGUUGGGCAAGCAAGAGGGUAAUCAUCUUUUGCAAAUGCUGGACGAGGAUCCAGCACUUAUGGAAAGGAGGCAACAGUGUUCGAAUAGACUUGAGUUAUACAAGUCUGCAAGAGAUGAGAUCGACUCUGUCUCAUGGUCGGCUCGAUAAAAUAUGUGUAAAGGUUUAAAUACAAUAGGUAUACACUGUUUUUAGAACUUAUAUUGAACAUCUGUAGAUUCUUAUUUUUAAAUUGUCUACUAGCUACUGUCUAUUCUUCCCAUUUUGUUUGUAUGAUUAUUGUAACUACUUAUUACAUGAAUGAUUAGUGUCUUCAUCAUUGUCA